CGCCGCGCCCGAUCCUAGUCCAAGUUCUGCGGCGGCUGACUGCGGCUGCUGCGUGUGCGUCUCCGUACGGGUGGCCGCGCGGCCCAGGGAUAGUCUGAAGAGGAUGCCCAAUGAAAGAAUCCCCCACUCAAGUCAAACUCAGGAGCCAGACUGUUCACAGAGCCAGGAUGUCAGUGGCAGUGAAGAGGGGACAGUCAAGCAGGAGAAGGAUGGUGACGUGGACCUGGGGCCGAGCCUCCCCUCUUGUUCCUCCGCUGAUGGACCCUCCAGUUCCACCGAAGGGUGUCUCUUGGAACUUCCCAGGAGAGGGCCAGCCCUGCCGCACAUCGACAGGCAUCAGAUCCAGGCGGUGGAGCCCAGUGCGCAGGCCCUGGAGCUGCAGGGCUUGGGUGUAGAUGUCUAUGACCAGGAUGUGCUGGAGCAAGGGGUACUUCAGCAGGUGGACAGCGCCAUCCAUGAGGCCAGCCGCGUGGCCCAGCUUGCUGAGGCUGAGAAGGAGUAUCGGUCAGUCCUGGACGACCUCACGUCAUGUACGACAUCCCUAAGGCAGAUUGGUAGAAUUAUUGAACAACUUGGCCCUCAAGCUGCCACCAACAAAGAUGUCAGCAGGAAGCUAGACUCUGUAAAGCGGCAGAAGUAUAACAAGGAACAACAGCUGAAGAAGAUCACAGCAAAACAGAAACGCCUCCAGGCCGUCCUUGGAGGAGCAGAGGUGAAGGUGGAACUAGGCCCCGGCAGUCUGGAGGAGGAGGAUGCAGGAGCAGAGCCGUCCUGCCUUGGCAGCAUGCUCAUGCCCGCUCAGGAGACCGCUUGGGAAGAGCUCGUCCGCACUGGUCAGAUGACACCUUUUGGUACCAAAAUCCCUCAGAAGCAGGAGAAAAAGCCCAGAAAACUAAUGCUCAACGAAGCAUCAGGCUUUGAAAAGUAUUUGGCAGAUCAAGCGAAACUGUCCUUUGAAAGAAAGAAGCAAGCUUGUAACAAAAGAGCAGCUAAAAAAGCUUUGGCCUCGGCCACUUCUGAGCUGAGCUCAACACUCAAUGAAAACAAACCAGACGAGAGAGGCAAAGUUGUAUCGAAAACAGAUAAACGCCUGAAAAAACACAUCAAGAAACUCCAGAAGAGGGCUCUUCAGCUCCAGGGGCAGGUUGGAUUGCUAAAGGGAAAGAAACCCUGGGAUUGUGAUGUGAGACCACAGGCACAGGGGGCCUCUGAGGGUGAAGAGUCUGAGUACUUGCCCACGGAGGAGGAGCUGGAGGAGGCGGUGGGCGCCGACCUGCCCGGGGAGGGCGCCGACUGGGAGCAGAGGCUGGUGCUCAAUCGCCGGAAACGGCAGAAGAAAGUCACUGUACGGGAGAUUGAUGAUGACUUUUUUCCAAGUUCUGGGGAAGAAGCUGAAGGCACAGGAGGAGGUCGGAAAGUGGUGAGAUGCCGAGACGAUGGAGAUGAAGAUUAUUAUAAGCAACGAUUAAGGAGAUGGAAUAAACUGAGGCUGAAGGACAGAGAGAAGAGUCCGAGGCUUGAAGAUGAUUCUGAGGAGAGCGAUGCUGAAUUUGACGAAGGUUUUAAAAUGCCGGGUUUUCUGUUCAAAAAGCUUUUUAAGUACCAGCAGACAGGUGUUCGGUGGCUGUGGGAAUUACACUGCCAGCAGGCAGGAGGCAUUCUGGGAGACGAGAUGGGAUUGGGCAAGACCAUCCAGAUAAUUGCCUUCUUGGCAGGCCUGAGCUACAGCAAGAUCAGGACUCGCGGUUCAAAUUACAGGUUCGAGGGGUUGGGUCCGACCAUAAUUGUCUGUCCAACAACGGUGAUGCAUCAGUGGGUGAAGGAAUUUCACACGUGGUGGCCUCCAUUCAGAGUGGCAGUUCUGCACGAAACCGGGUCCUUUACCCACAAAAAGGAGAGACUAGUUCGAGACAUUGCUCAUUGUCACGGGAUUUUGAUCACUUCUUACUCCUACAUUCGACUCAUGCAGGAUGAUAUUAGCCGGCAUGACUGGCACUACGUGAUCCUGGACGAGGGACACAAAAUUCGGAAUCCAAAUGCUGCCAUCACCCUCGCUUGCAAACAGUUCCGCACGCCUCAUCGCAUCAUCCUGUCUGGCUCACCGAUGCAGAAUAACCUGCGAGAGCUGUGGUCUCUCUUUGACUUCAUCUUCCCGGGAAAGCUGGGUACAUUGCCUGUGUUUAUGGAGCAGUUCUCAGUCCCCAUCACCAUGGGGGGGUAUUCAAACGCCUCCCCAGUACAGGUUAAAACUGCUUAUAAGUGCGCGUGUGUCUUACGAGAUACCAUAAAUCCAUACCUGCUGCGGAGAAUGAAGUCGGAUGUCAAAAUGAGCCUUUCUUUGCCAGAUAAAAAUGAACAGGUCUUAUUUUGCCGUCUUACAGAUGAACAACAUAAAGUCUACCAAAAUUUCAUAGAUUCCAAAGAAGUUUACAGGAUUCUCAAUGGAGAGAUGCAGAUUUUCUCUGGACUCGUAGCCCUAAGAAAAAUCUGCAACCACCCUGAUCUCUUUUCUGGAGGACCCAAGAGUCUUAAAGGCGCCCCAGACGAGGAGCUAGGGGAAGAUGAGUUCGGAUACUGGAAACGUUCUGGGAAAAUGAUAGUUGUCGAGUCCUUGCUGAAAAUAUGGCACAAGCAGGGCCAACGAGUGCUGCUGUUUUCUCAGUCCAGACAGAUGUUGGACAUCCUUGAAGUGUUCCUCAGAGCCCAAAAGUAUUCUUAUCUCAAGAUGGAUGGCACCACGGCGAUAGCUUCCAGACAACCGCUGAUCGCAAGAUACAAUGAGGACACGUCCGUGUUUGUGUUUCUUCUGACCACUCGAGUGGGUGGCCUAGGAGUCAAUCUGACGGGUGCAAACCGCGUCAUCAUCUAUGACCCCGACUGGAACCCAAGCACAGACACGCAGGCCCGGGAGCGAGCGUGGAGGAUCGGCCAGAAAAAGCAGGUGACGGUGUACAGGCUCCUCACCGCAGGCACCAUUGAGGAAAAGAUUUACCACCGACAAAUCUUCAAGCAGUUUUUGACAAACAGAGUGCUAAAAGAUCCGAAGCAGAGACGAUUUUUCAAGUCCAAUGACCUUUAUGAGCUGUUUACUCUGAGCAGCCCUGACACAUCCCAGAGCACGGAAACGAGCGCUAUCUUUGCAGGAACUGGUUCAGAUGUUCAGACACCCAGACGCCAUUUAAAAAGAAGGCUUCAGCAGGCUUGUGGAACAGACCCGAAUGUCCCCGUGGGCAGACAGUUCCCUGAUGGUAAGACAUCUGCAAAUGCUGCCGUCUCAUCUGAAGAGAGACCUGCAGCACCAGGCAGCGAAGUGCGUGCAGGAACUUCUGACCAAGGCAUUCCUUUGAAAGACGCCCUUCAGACACCUCAUAGUCUGACCAGCAGUGAGAGGCUUGGAGAAGAGGCAGAUGCAGUCUCCAGACCACGGGAGUCCUUAGUGAUUCACGAAAACGGGGACAGUUCAGGUUCUCCAAGAAUCGGCAGAACGUGCGGGACGUCAGGUGAGGAAAGCACCAAUGAAAAGGAGAGUCUUUCUGAUAAAAGAGAAAGCUGCCAGGUUCAGAGAGAGCCUCUUUGGGAGAAUGAGCAAACGGAAAAUAAUUGUUAUAAGCACAAGUCGAAAAUGAAACAUCACGUGGCAGAAGAGGCCAGGGAGAAACACCUGAGGUCGAAUCAAAAGCCGGAGAGCUCUAAGCACCGCAGAGACGCCAAGUUUGAGGGAACUCGAAUUCCACACCUGGUGAAGAAGAGGCAGUACCGGAGGCGAGACAGUGAAAACGAGAGCGAGGCCAAGGAGCGCAGCCACGACGACUACGUCCUGGAGAAGCUUUUCAGAAAGUCAGUGGGCGUGCACAGCGUCAUGAGGCACGACGCCAUCGUGGACGGAGCCAGCCCAGACUGUGUCCUGGUGGAGGCGGAGGCCAGCCGCGUGGCUCAGGACGCCCUCCGAGCGCUGAGGCUCUCUCGGCAGCGGUGUCUGGGCGCAGCGAGUGGUGUGCCCACUUGGACUGGCCACAGAGGGCUUGCUGGUGCACCAGCAGGAAAAAAGAGCAGAUUCGGUCAGAAAAGGAACUCCAGUUUCUCUGUGCAGCGUCCCUCUUCAACAUCUCCAAAGGAAAAAUGCCAGGACAGCACUGUGAAGAAGGAUGGAAAAGAUCAUGUUUUGGAGCAUUUUAGUGGAAAAGUUGAAGAUGCAGAGUCUUCAUCUGGGGCUCUCACUUCGUCCUCACUGUUGGCGAAAAUGAGAGCUAGGAACCACCUCAUUUUGCCAGAGCGCUUAGAAAGUGAAAUUGGGCGUCUCCCAGAAGCCGCCGCUCCACUGCCCGGCAGCACAGAGCAUGAUGAGCUGCUGGUGGAAAUGAGAAACUUCAUUGCCUUUCAGGCCCAAGUUGAUGGCCAGGCCAGCACCCAGGAGAUACUGCAGGAGUUCGAGUCCAAGUUAUCAGCAUCACAGUCUUGUGUCUUUAGAGAACUCUUGAGAAAUCUGUGCACUUUUCAUAGAACUUCUGCUGGUGAAGGCAUUUGGAAACUCAAGCCAGAAUACUGCUGAGCAACAUUACUCUCUGGACUUCUAAUUGACUUUUCUGGUGAAAAGAUUAAUUAUUUAAUCAUCAUGUUUGUCAGUGGAAGUUGGCUGUAUUUGAUGUUUACUUUGAAUGAUAGCUACCUCAUAAACAAAACUUUGGGGAAGAAGAAAUUCUUCUCCAAAACUUAAGUUUUAAAAAUACCUGGGUUGACUUUUUUUUUCCAAAAUGAAUUAUGUUAUAAAUUCAGGGACCUAACCGUUAAUCCUUGGAACAUACUUGUUCUUUUACCCAGAAGAUGCUAUCAGGGAACACAUUACUUACUACUCAUUGGAAGUUUAUAGACCAGAACUUGCAAGAAUUCUUGUUAUUGGUGCUAAAAACAUGUCUUACAUUCAGUUAGACCUAUUCAGAUAAUCAGUUCAUCAGUAGCUAUUAACAGUAUCUUUUGGGUACCUCGUGUUUAAAUGCUUAAACCGAUCAUUUGCCACUCAAAAAAGAGAUCAAAUUUGUUACCUUUUGAAUCCUAUUGAUUGCCUUUAAGCAAUCUUCCAUUAAGGUACUGUUAAAUUGGCAAGUUUUUUAUUUGCAAAACAUAGAAUAGUUUGGUAAUAAAUGAUGAGAUGUGUAUUUGCAGAAGGUUAGAGUUUUCUCAGUUUAAAGUUGCUUUAUUUUAAGCAAAGGGCACCUUUUUCCUCCUACACUGACUCUUGGUUUUAGGAAAAUGGAAUGUGUUAUCUUUUAAAAAAACAAACAAAGCCCAAGGUUAACCAAAAGUAAGUACAGAUAAAAUUGCCAGCACGUGCCCGUGUGUAGGAACGCCACUCCGACCACACCCAGGUGGACCGCCAUCACCGCAUGGUGCUGCUGUCCCAGCCCUCUCUCCGCUGGCUGCCGGGAGGGAGCCUGGAGUGCUGUUUCCUCAGCUCGCUGUCCUCCUCUCUGAGGACGCCGGUAGCCUCGGCCAUGCUCCGCUGUUCUCUGCCUUCUGUCGCGGCAUUGCCAUCCCUCCUGUCCCGUUGCGUUCCCCGUGACUCUCCUGUUGUGGGCAUCUGCUUUCCGUCUGCGGCUGUUUCUGGCUGUUUAUGUGUUUAGAGUUCUGUUACGGUGUCCUUUCGGUCCUUAGUUUGUUUUCUUACCCUGUUUCUCUUUCCUUCUCACUGUUAGGCUUAUCGUCUCAGCUCUGAAGUCUUGUUUUCUUAAACUGACCAGACUUCCUAAGUGUCUCCUAGAGCUGCCGUGGUCCAGUGCGUUUGUUUUUAGAGUUGUUUUCUCCGGCUUGCCGUUUGCCCGCUUUCUGAUUUUUCUGUAUUGCCUUUGCCUUCCUCCCAUCUAGCUCAUACUGAAGUGAGCCGCAGGGCCCAGAUCUCUUUUGUGCUCUUCUCCGCCACUCAAGAGAGGAGGGCUGUGGGUUUCAGAGUCAAGGAGAGGCUCUGCUGGGCAACGUGAAGCUUUUGACUGAAGACUUGGGUUUUAGUUAUGUUUUCUGAGAUUUUGUUAAAUAACUUGGUCUGUGAUUCCCUCCCUUUAGACAGGAGAUGUCAUAGUCAGAGUUGUAAUUCCCAGCAGGAUUUUGUGCUGCUUUUUCUGGAUUCUGGCUUGUUCAUUUCAUUCAAUUUUUAGCGUGUUUUAUUAUUAGAGGAAGAGGAUCCUACCAUCUUCAUUCUGCCAUCAUUGUCUGGAAAUAAUAGACUUUUAAACGGGUCAGUGCAUCCUAAACUUGACUACUUGGCUCAGAAGGGAGUCAAAACUCAUGAAUUUUGUUUCUGCGAAGUUCUUCUUUGGUUGUUGUUGUCUUUAACCUAUAAAAAAAUUGCAUCCCUCUUGUUCUCGUAUUAAAGUCCUGAUGCUGUUCACGAAUAUGAAGUGCUUGGCAACAUACCUCUGUUGUCUGAAAUCUAAAUCUAAAUCUAAAUCUACUGAGCGAGGGAAGUUGUAGCCUUCUCUUCAGUAGAAAAUGCGGGCAAAAGUCGCAGGGCGGUGGUCUUCACUCGCAGCCUGCCUCAGCCCCACCAGCAGCUGAGACCCUGGGCAGCCACUGCCAUGCCUGUGUCUCAGUGUGGACACUGGUGAGCUUUGUCAUCAUGCCCCUGGGUGGAGAUACGUAGAGGAAAAUGCUCCAAGUAUCAUAAUUUUAGCAACUAUGGUUAUACUGGUAUUAAGCUACAAUGAAGGAUUGUAAAAUCUUUGUGAAAUGUGGAAAAUUCCUUAGUUAAAACAUGACCACCGUUUAAAACAUUUCAGGCAAUGCAGUGCUCUGCCUCCCGCUCCUCUUGCUCCUGUUCCAGAGAUGAGGACUGUAUUUGGUGUGUUCUUGCAGGCUGUUUUCCAUGCCUUUGCAGAUACAUGUGGCAGCUGCUGCUGCUGCUAUAAUGUCCGUUUUCCCCUUCUCCUUUCCUGCUAAGACUCCUGCUUUGUACCUGGACAUCAAGGCUGCUCACUUAACACUGCUAAAUGGUUAAAUGUGGCCACAUGACAGGCAGUGGGAUGUGAAGAGAACACCCAGACUGCACCCUGAAAUGAGGAACUGGGUGUCUACUUUUCUCCACAUUCCCCGCUCGUGCUGGCCAACAUGCCUGUGGGAGCUUAAGCAGGGACACAAGAGCGUCAGAGUUGUGUGCUGAGGAUGGAGAGUCUGGCCUGCCAGUCUCAAACUGCUUCCUUUUCACCUGUUACUUAAGAGCAAAAUAAAUUCCUGACUUGUUUAAAUCAC